UGGCCCUACGGCCAAUAAGGAGAAGCCAUCAGGGUCUAAGGUUACUCUCAUUGUAGAUCCGAGUAAGUUUCUGAAACUUAGAAAAAGGCUUUGGAUUACAUUUUAAACUUCCCUUUCCGGUCUUCAGCCGCACAUGUUCGGCCAUCCUCUUCAAGGGCGUCCUUCUCUUGCGCAAGUUUCACGGAUCUCUUGUAGUCCCUCCCUAAUUCCUCAGUCUUACGCACCGUCUCCCCGGUUUCCUAUCGCUGCCUUUGUUCAGGAGGAACUCAUCGAGUCAUAGCUUCUAGCGGUUCUGAUCAGACAUCGGCGGCGGCGCUCCCUCGUCCGAUAAAGAAGCAUAGGCUUAAAGGUUGAAACUUGUGUACCAGACACAAACAUCCCUUCACAUCCAUUUGCCCCACCCCACACUCUUUAGGAUUUGAAUCCCUAUUCAUCUAAUUGUGUCUCCAUGCAACCUGUGUAGUUUAUUUUAUGCUGCACAAAACUAUGCAUCUUUCUAUGGCUCCAAUUUUUUUAAUAUAAAUUGAAACCAACAAAUUUGAGUGAGCUGGAUGGCACUAUUAGCUGCCUUUGGAGAGUCACAUUUCCUGCAUGUCCAUAUUGCUUUCUUAAGAUUUUUGAAUCAGUUUGAGUGCAUCAAGCAUGAUGUUGGCCAGAUCAUUGCUGGCAUUUUCUGCUCCCAACCAGGGAAGGAUAGAGGUGGCAGGAUUCUCUGUGAAGAGUAUAUGCAUUCAUCAUUUACCAAAGAUUUGAUGUCAAAUUUGGGAAGAGAGUGCCAAUUAGAUGCUGAAAAUCUGUCAAGAGAGAGGAAUUUUGGUGAAAAGAAUGCGCCACGAGCUGUUUUCAAUGCUUUGGAUAAUAUGCUAAAGGACAGUCUAGAGCGUCUGCAGAAGAUGAGGAAAUGCAUAACUUUGGCAAAAGUAGAUCUUGCAGGAUAUACAUGUAAACUUAACUACAUUGAACACACAACCAUCAUCAGAAUAUUGUGCUUGGAAGGUAAAUUGGGAGCAGCAUUAUGGCUUCGGAGCAAAAUGGUGCAGAAAGGUUUUAUUCCUGAUGCAUUUACCCACAACCAUCUGGUGAAUGGGCUGUGUAAAAUGGGUCUAAUGGACGAAGCAGACUGGCUUAUUAAACAGAUGUUAGAACUGGGCCCCUCUCCCAACCGUGCUACCUUCAACACGUUUAUAAAGGGUUAUUGCCUCACUAAUAAUUUAGAUAAAGCUCUUCAUCUGUUUUCUACCAUGGCCUAUGCUGGUAUUCAGCCAAACAGGGUAACAUGUAACAUUCUUGUGCAUGCGUUUUGUGGGAAAGGCCUUUUGAAAGAAUCUAAAAUGCUUUUUGAAAAAAUAUUAAAUGAUGAUGAUGGUGAAGGAAAACCAGAUUUAGUUACCUCUACCAUAUUUAUGGAUUAUCAUUUUAAGAAUGGAGCUAUGGUUCAAGCUCUUAGUCUUUGGGAUGAGAUGCUUCAGAAGAAUGUAAAAGUAGAUGCUGUUGCUUACAAUGUUCUAAUCCAUGGACUUUGUAUGGGUCAAAAAAUGAAUCUUGCUUAUGGAUAUGCUUGUGAAAUGAUUAAGAAAGGUUUGCUUCCUGAUGUGUUUACUUACAAUACUCUUAUCAGCGCCCUUUGCAAGGAAGGCAAGGUUGAUGAAGCUUGCUAUCUUCUUGGGGUUAUGUCUAAAAUGGGAAUUAUUCCUGAUCAAAUAUCCUAUAAUAUUAUGAUACAGGGCCUUUGUUUGAAUGGAUAUGCUGUUAGAGCCAAACAACUGCUUCAAUUUAUGUUGGAUUAUAUAAUGGUGCCCAAGCCUUUAACAUGGAACCUUGUAAUUGACUGUUAUGGAAAAUGUGGAGAUCUCAGCAAUGCAUUCUUUAUGAAAGAUCAGAUGCUGGCUUUUGGUGUUCGGCCCACUGUAUUUACUUAUAAUGUAUUAAUUAAUGCGCAAGUGAAGAUUGGGAACUUUUAUGACGCUUAUUCUCUGAAGGAAGAUAUGGUUUUAAAUGGUGUCUAUCCUGAUGUGGUUACUUACAAUUUGUUGAUUGGUGCUGCUUGCAAUUUAGGCAACCUUAGUGUUGCACUUCUAUUAGUUGAUGAGAUGCUCAAAAUGAGAUAUGAGCCAGAUUUGAUCACUUACACUGAACUAAUUAGAGGGUACUGCAUUAGAGGUAACAUAAAAGAGGCAGCAGAGCUUUUUGGCAAAAUACAGAAAUCUGGUUUAUUGAGUGAUCAUGUUCCAGUUCAGAUUCUUUUUAACAAAUACUGCAAACUGGAAGAACCAGUCAUGGCAUUUAACUUUUAUCAGGACUGGUUAAUGAGUAAGCAGUGCUGUCAUCUUCACUAAAUACUGUAUUAUGCCCAUUGAUUUAGACAUUGCGGAGUCACACUUUGGAAAAGAAAGCUAUGCUUGAUUGAAAGUCUUCUUUUGGUUUCUGGAGCAGACUUCAAUUAAAAUGUGCUUCUCAUGUUUUGGCUCAUAUGAGUAACAAAUGCUCUAGCAAUUCCAGAUUCAUGCAGAUGGUACCAGUGGAUAAAAAUCAGUUCAGGUGUCACUAUGCUGCUGCUCAGAUUGCUUUGAAAUCUUGUUCUCGUUUGGAACAUGUUCAUGACGAUAUUAGAACAGUGAACAGUGAACUUACUGGAGAGAGAGCACGACGUGAAACUGUAGUUCCUCAUAAAAUGUGGGACUCUAUCUUUCAUUCUUUGGGAUAAUCCUACCUAAAUUCAUAUCAAUCAUAACGAACGUUGGGAAAAAGUGGCACUUCGUUACGUGAAGGAUAUCGGGAUGAUGCAGCAUUGCCAUCAACAUCUGGAGUUUUGGAAUAAGAAUGGGAAUUAUAGUCACUAAUUCAUAUUGUCGAUCGAAUGGCUCAAACUGCGACUUUGAGGACUUUAUUUGCAGGCACAUGAAGUUUUGACAACUUCAAAUCAAAUACAUCAACGGGAGGAAUCCAAUGAGUGGCAAGAGACAUCAAGAAAUAUUUAGGCUGGAAAUUUCGCUUUACUGUGUAGAAAAAUUAUUGGCCACAAAAUAAGUAUAAUUUUAUGUAUUGGAAA